AUGCGACUGGUUUCCAUUAUUGUCCUUGUCCUGUUGGGCGGCGUAUUUGCAGGUCUUACACUUGGGCUCAUGGGUCUCGAUCAGACUAAUCUGCACGUUAUGAUGGAGUCUGGUACUGAGAGUGAAAAAAAGAAUGCGAAGCAGGUUCUCCGUUUACUGGAUCGUGGUAAACACUGGGUUCUGGUGACUUUACUUUUAUCCAACGUGAUUGUCAAUGAAACCCUGCCCAUUAUUCUCGAUUCGGUGUUCGGCGGUGGAUGGCAAGCUGUCUUGAUUUCUACUGCACUGAUUGUUAUCUUUGGCGAGGUGAUUCCACAAUCCAUUUGUGUACGACACGGUUUAGCCAUAGGUGCCCGAUGCUCGUUUUUGGUGCUGUGUAUCAUGUACUUGAUGUGGCCCGUAGCGUAUCCUACAGCGAUGCUUCUCGACUACUUUCUGGGCGAAUCUCAAGGCACGGUGUACAAAAAAGCCGGUCUCAAGACGCUUGUGUCACUUCACCGAUCAGAGGAUGCUCAAGAUGCAGAAGGACUAACCCAAGAUGAAGUGUUGAUCAUCGGUUCGGUGUUGGAUCUUCGUGAAAAAUCGGUGCUGGAUGUAAUGACACCCAUCGAAGAUGUCUUUACCUUGAGCAAUGAUCACAUUCUCGACGAAGAAACCGUAAAUAAGAUUCUUUCGGAAGGAUAUUCUCGCAUCCCUAUCCACGCACCGGAUGAUAAAUACAAUUUCAUCGGCAUGCUGCUCGUCAAGAAUUUGAUUACUUAUGAUACCGACGACAAGUGGCCCGUCAACAAAUUCCAGCUAAGCCCGUUGCCAGAGACGGGUGCCAAUACCAGUUGCUUGGAUAUCCUUAAUUUCUUCCAAGAAGGAAGAAGUCACAUGGCACUGGUAUCAAAGAAUCCCGAUGGAUCCGGUGGUGCUUUGGGUGUCAUUACACUGGAAGAUGUCAUUGAAGAACUGAUUGGCGAGGUAAUUAUCAUCAGAGUGAAGUGCUCUAAUAUUGGGUUAUUUUGUCGUCUAAUUAUUCAAUUGAGUAGGAAAUUGUGGAUGAAACGGACGUUUAUGUGGACGGUACGUACUCACUAA